AUGGACGACAAAGCUUUCGUGUCGGAGAACCUCAUCCGCCUCACGGGCGCGUCAGACCCUACCAUCGUCGAUUUUGUGCUCGCGACCGCUAGCUCAUCCAAGUCGACCUCCGCUCUCCAAGGCACUCUUGAAUCAUUCCUCGACAGCGUAGAUACCAAAUCAGCCGAGAUUGGGGCCUUCGCCCGUGAGCUUCAUAGCCGCAUGGGCAAGGGCGCACAGCCUACCGUGUCUACAUCCAAACAUGCGACGAGCAAGGAAUCCACAAAAAAGAAAUAUCGUCUGGUAGAUAUGGGAGAAGACGAACAAGACCCUGCCACCUCACUAGGGCCCAUAAACGUCGAAGCAGACAGAGAGCGACGGAGAAGACAGGACAGGGACAGCGACAACGGUAGGAGCAGGAGCAAGCGAGACCCCGAACCUCGCAGCCACGGGGACAGAGAGGACAGCCGAAAACGAGACAGAAGCCGCGAUGCGGAAAGUCGCGACCGACCACGGACGAGAAAACUCCGUAAGAAAGGUUCCCAGGACUUUGAGGACCGAUGGGGUGACGAAGAGAUCCCCGAAGAAGAGAUGUUCCCAGAGGAAUUCGAAGAAUCACCAUCGAAGCGUACGCGAAUUGAUGAUGGCUCCGUGUCCCCGGUCGAUGAUAUCAACCCUCAAACCCAGGAAGAGAUCGACCGUCAACGAGACCUUCGUGAACGGGACGAGUUCGCCAAGCGACUGGCCAAUAAGGACAGUAGCAAGUCAAAGAAGAUUGUCGAGGAUCGGACACGCGAUGGUGAGGCUGCACGGCGGCGUGCGCUGGGCGAUGAUUCCAGCGCGCGGGCUUCCAUGAUGCCCGAUCUGCGAGAGAGGUCUCGACAGGAAUACCUGAAGAAGCGCGAAACAGAACGGUUGGCGCUCCUGCGACGACAGGUAGUUGAGGAAGCUGCGGAGCUGCGCGACAACCCAAGUCUGACUCGGCGGGAGAAAGAGGAGUUCGCGCGCAACCGAGAGGUUCUUCGCCUCGCCGAGGAACGGCUUCGAAUCGAUGAUCACCGCGAUGGCUAUGAGAUGCCAUCUGACUACAUUACGGAAAAGGGCAAGAUCGACCGGAAAAAGAAGGAAGAAGCUCUGUAUAAGCGAUAUGUCGAGCGUGAUGAAAUGGGCCAGGAACGAUUUGUCACGGAGCACGAGGAAUGGGAGCUGGAGCAGGCGGCCAAAGCCAAAGCACAGAUCAAGAAGGCCGAGUUUGUGGACGAGGGGGACUAUGAGUAUGUCUUCGACGAUUCGCAACAGAUCAACUUUGUUAUGGAUGCCAAACUCGAGGGCACGCAGAAGCCAAUGACACAGGAACAGCUGCGGUUCAAGCAGCAGGUUGACGAAGCAGAAAGGAAGGCUACCACGAUGGAAGAAACCCGCAAGAGUUUGCCCAUUUAUCAAUUCCGUGAUCAAAUCAUACAGGCCGUGGCAGACCACCAAGUCUUGAUUAUCGUUGGUGAAACUGGUUCCGGAAAAACGACACAGAUCCCCCAGUACCUCCACGAAGCUGGUUACACGAAGGAUGGCCUCAAGAUUGGUUGCACGCAGCCGCGACGAGUGGCCGCCAUGAGUGUUGCUGCUCGUGUGGCAGAUGAAAUGGGUACAAAGAUCGGAAAUGAAGUUGGUUAUGCCAUUCGAUUUGAGGACAAUACGAGUGACAAGACCAUCCUCAAGUAUAUGACCGAUGGAAUGUUAUUGCGAGAGCUGUUGACAGAACCGGACCUGAGCCAGUACUCGGCCCUGAUGAUUGACGAGGCGCACGAACGGACGGUGCCGACGGAUAUUGCCUGUGGUCUGCUUAAGGAUAUUGCCAAAGCGCGGCCUGAUCUGAAGCUGCUCAUUUCCUCAGCAACAAUGGACGCACAGAAGUUCCAGAAAUACUUCGACGACGCCCCUAUUUUCAAUAUUCCUGGUCGCCGAUAUCCUGUUGACGUUCACUACACUUCGCAGCCCGAAGCCAACUAUCUUGCCGCCGCUAUCACUACAGUCUUCCAGAUCCAUGUUACCCAAGGCCCUGGAGACAUCCUGGUCUUUUUGACCGGACAAGAAGAAAUCGAGGCCGCCGAGCAGAGUUUACAGGAAACGGCCCGAAAGCUCGGAAGUAAAAUACCGGAAAUGAUCAUUGCGCCUAUCUACGCCAAUCUGCCGUCCGAACUACAGACUAAGAUCUUUGAACCUACUCCACCCAAAGCACGCAAAGUGGUGCUUGCCACCAACAUUGCUGAGACUAGUUUGACAAUCGAUGGCAUUGUAUACGUGAUCGACCCUGGAUUUGUCAAGGAAAACGUGUUCAACCCACGCACUGGUAUGGAAAGCUUAGUAGUGACGCCGUGUUCGCGCGCCUCGGCUAACCAGCGGGCUGGACGUGCUGGACGUGUCGGACCUGGCAAAUGUUUCCGCCUGUAUACCAAGUGGGCAUACUAUAACGAACUGGAAGAGAACACCACCCCAGAAAUUCAACGUACCAACUUGAAUGGAGUUAUUUUGAUGCUCAAGUCGCUGGGUAUUGACCAGUUGCUUGACUUUGACUUCAUGGAUCCGCCACCAUCGGAGACUAUUAUCCGCGCGUUGGAACAACUAUACGCACUCGGGGCGCUCAAUGACCGAGGCGAGCUCACUAAGGUCGGCCGACAGAUGGCCGAGUUCCCGACGGAUCCGAUGCUUGCUAAGGCGAUCCUUGCCUCCGACAAAUACGGGUGUGUAGAGGAAGUGCUGUCGAUCGUGUCGAUGCUCGGCGAAGGCAGCGCACUCUUCUUCCGACCCAAAGAUAAGAAGAUCCACGCGGACAGUGCGCGCAAUCGGUUCACCGUCAAAGAAGGUGGUGACCACCUUACGCUCCUCAAUGUCUGGAACCAAUGGGUCGACUCGGAUUUCAGCACCAUCUGGGCGAAAGAGAACUUCCUGCAGCAACGUAGUCUCACCCGGGCGCGCGACGUGCGUGACCAACUUGCCAAGCUGUGCGACCGCGUUGAGGUCGCAGUCAGUACUUGUGGAUCUACAAAUAUACAGCCAAUUCAGAAGGCCAUUACUGCUGGGUUCUUCCCGAACGCGGCACGACUACAGCGGGGUGGGGACAGUUAUCGGACUAUUAAGAAUGGACAGUCGGUGUACUUGCAUCCAUCUAGUACGCUUAUGGAGAUCAAUCCACGCUGGGUCAUUUACUUCGAGCUGGUUCUUACCAGUAAGGAGUACAUGCGCAGUAACAUGCCACUGCAGGCAGAAUGGCUGGUUGAGGUUGCGCCGCAUUACUAUAAGAAGAAAGACUUGGAGAGUCUGGGGCUGGAUCGCAAGGUGUCCAAGGGGCAAGGGGCAGUUGGGGAAAAGAGUCGGGGGUAG